AUGAAUCAAAAGCAGAACAGCGAAAAGUCUGCUGCUGUAGAACAAACCCGCAUACUUGUGCUCAGUUGUUAUGGUGGAGAUGUGGAGACUGUUAAAAUUGUAUUGAAAUAUGUCGAAUUAAACUCCUCAAUCAACAGAACGCCACAACAACAUUGCUCUGAAAGAGAGGAGUCUUACAUAGAGGACACACCAUUGACAGAAGCAUGUUUAUUUGGCCAUCUGUUGGUUGUAAAAGAGUUGCUGGAGGUAGGAGCUGAUGUUAAUCUACAGGGUCUUAUUCAUACACCUCUGACAGCAGCAUGUAUUGGUGGACAUUUGAGUGUGGUAAAAGAAUUAUGUAAAAAAGGUGCAAAAGUUAAUUUAGAGGGUUAUCAUGAAACACCACUGACAGCAGCAUGCAAAGGUGGACAUCAGCUUGUAGUAAAAGAACUGCUCAAUUUCGGGGCCUCUGUACAUCUAGAGUCGUCAAGAGAUACACCACUUACAGCUGCAUGUACAAUUGGACAUAUAAAUAUCGUAAAUGAACUGCUGCAAUCUGGUGCUACUGUCAAUCAAAAAACCUAUUUUAAAACGCCCCUAAUAUCUGCAUGUUAUAGUGGUGAAUUAAGUGUGAUAAGGAAACUGCUUAGGGCUGGAGCUAACAUUAAUUUACAGUGCUUUCAUAGCACGCCUUUGACAGCUGCGUGUAACAGAGGACAUUUGGCUGUAGUGAAAGAGCUGAUGAAGGCAGGAGCAAUAGUUAAUCCAAAGGGUAUAAAUAAUACACCAUUGAAUGUAGCAUGUCGUGAAGGUCAUUUCAAUGUGGUCAAUGAACUGCUUAAAGUUGGAGCUGAUGUCAAUCAGCAAGAUUGCAAUGGUACACCAUUGAUAAAUGCAUGUUAUAGGGGUCAUGCAAAUUUGAUAAAGACACUGCUCAAAGCAAAAGUCGAUGUUAAUCGUCCAAAUAAUGAGGGGGAUACGGCACUUUUGAUCUCCAUUGGGAUACAAAAUAAUAAAAGUAUAAUAGAGGGUCUAACUGAGGCAGGUGCUGAUGUUCAUCAACCCAAUAAUGAAUGGUAUACACCACUUGCAGCUGCAUGUCGGGCCGGAAAUUUGAGCCUUGUAAAACAACUUCUUGAAAUGGGGGCUGAAAUUAAUCCUCAGGGGUAUAAGUUUGAACAUCGUGUCCGAUUGAUAAAAUUAAUUUCAUCUUUUUAUUGCACAUAUCAAAAUUCAGAAAUAUUUUUGAAAGGACCGUAUGGAAAUCAUAAAACACCACUGACAGCUGCAUGUGAUGUUGGCCAUUUGGAUGUGGUGAAAGAGCUGCUUGAGAAAGGGGCUGAUGUCAAUCCGAAAUUUGUUUUCAAGACACCAUUAACUGCUGCCUGUGGAUAUGGACGAAUAGAUAUUGUGAAAGAACUGAUUAAGUAUGAAAUUAAUAUCAAUUUUAAUCCUUGGCAAACAUGUUCUUUGAUACCGAAUAAAUACAAAACACCCCUGACAGUUGCUUGUGAGAAUGGAAAUUUAAGAAUUGUCACAGAGCUGUUGGAUGCGAAAUCCGACAUUAAUCCAACGAAUGUAUGUAUCACACCUUUGAUAGCAGCAUGUGCCGGAGGACAUGAAAAGGUUGUGAGAGAAUUGCUCAAUAAGGGGGCUGAUGUGAAUCUACAAGGUAUAUAUAGUACUCCACUGGAAGCUGCUUCCUUUUGUGGGCAUGCUGUUAUUGUCAAAAAACUUCUAAAUGUGGGAGCUGAAGUGAAUCAAAUUACAGUAGGCGAAACACCUCUAGCAUCUGCUUGUAGACAAAGGAAUGUAGAUGUCAUUAAGGAACUGCUAGAAGCAGGGGCUAAUGUCAAUUUACACAAACGGGAAGGGUAUACACCAUUGUAUGUUUCAGUAUGUAGCAAUGAUAUAUCCCUUCCUAUAUUGAAAACGCUUAUUGCCUAUGGUGCUGAUUGUACACUUUAUAGAAAGACAGGUUUAUCUCCUCUGUAUAUUGCACUGAUUCAAAACAAAAGAAAUGUUUUAAAAUUGUUUCAGCAGUCAGAAAAUAAUCAACAGCGAAAAAAGGCAAAUUUGCAUUUGUUUAACAUCCUUGUAGACAUUCGUCAUGCAGACGUAAUUACUGAUGAGAGGGACGAUGUAGUGAUUACAAAGAAAAAAGUCUGGAAUAUGUCAGAAGAUUGGCUCUCACAAUUUCGAGCUAAAUGUGGUGUAUUAAGGCAUAUGUUGUGCAUGGGUCUGGAUUCAAAUCAAAAUAUUCGAAUUCGCAACGCACAGAAUGAAGUUAACGUGAAACCUUUACUCUUUAGAAUCAUAGAUAAUGAAAUAUUUGCAUCUACAUGCCAAGAGGAUAUAAUAAAAAUUUUACUGGAGGCUGAGGUGGAUGUUAAUGUGAGAGUGAAAUACAGAGAAAAUAAAUCUGUCAUAGGCAGAAUUAGAGUGUCCGCUUUAGAAAGAACAAGACAAUUGAUUUGUAAGCAAAACUCUCAGCAGAUAACAGCGGUUAAGAGAUACGCAGUAUCAAAUUACCAAAAGAUAAUAAAAGAGAUUAAAAACCGUGUCAGAAGGUAUUCUAUCUGA